AUGACUAAUCCGCAGCUGAAUGAGUUCAUUCCUCCUCCGGAGUGCCCUGUUUUUGAGCCCAGCUGGGAGGAAUUUGCCGACCCUUUUGCGUACAUCAACAAAAUACGACCUAUUGCAGAGAAGACUGGCAUCUGCAAGGUCCGACCGCCGCCGGAAUGGCAGCCACCAUUUGCUUGUGAUGUUGACAGACUGAAAUUCACGCCGAGGAUACAAAGGCUUAAUGAGUUAGAGGCUCAGACCAGAGUCAAGUUGAACUUCCUGGAUCAAAUUGCAAAAUUCUGGGAGUUUCAAGGAUGCACUCUCAAAAUCCCUCACGUGGAAAGAAAGAUUUUAGAUCUUUACCAGCUGAAUAAACUGGUGAAUGAAGAAGGAGGCUUUGAUGCCGUCUGCAGAGAGCGGCGAUGGACGAGGAUAUCUGUGAAGAUGGGCUUUGCUCCAGGCAAGGCUAUUGGCUCUCAUCUGCGGGCCCACUAUGAGAGAAUCCUCUUCCCAUACAACCUGUUCCAGACUGGAGGCAAUCAGCCUAGAGCCACCUUGACCAAUGACACUAAAGAUAAGGAGUACACCCCUCACGACCUGCCGCAGCGGCAGUCUGUGCAGCCCCAGGAGACCUGUAGCAUUGCUCGCCGUGCAAAACGCAUGAGAUCUGAAAGAGGCAGUUUUAAAACGGAACCCGGGGAAGUUCGCGAGAAUCGUCCUAAUCUCAGGAGGAGAAUGGGAACGUAUGUUGGAAAACAAGAACCUGUGAGGAUGGCGGUCACUGAGGUGAAACGGGAGCCCGUUAAACACGAGGAGCCAACAGAUAAUGAAGAAAAAACUGUUUUAGAUAAGAGACCGCCGUCAAGUAAAAUCGACCAGUACAUGUGCCUUGUUUGUGGCAAAGGUACUGCUGAGGAUCGGCUGCUUUUGUGUGAUGGCUGUGAUGACAGCUACCACAUCUUCUGUCUGAUCCCCCCCCUUCACGACGUUCCCAAAGGCGACUGGCGAUGUCCCAAGUGCCUGGCCCAGGAAUGUGGCAAACCUCCGGUUGCGUUUGGCUUUGAGCAGGCCAGCAGGAGCUACACCCUCCAGGCUUUUGGAGACAUGGCCGAUUCCUUCAAGUCAGAUUAUUUCAACAUGCCAGUUCAUAUGGUUCCUACUGAGCUGGUGGAGAAGGAGUUCUGGCGUCUCGUCAGUACCAUUGAGGAUGACGUCACUGUGGAGUACGGAGCCGACAUUGCCUCCAAGGAGUUUGGGAGUGGUUUCCCUUUGAGUAACAGCCACUUUGAAGUCCCUCCUGAGGAUGAGCAUUACCUGAGCAGCGGGUGGAACCUGAACAACAUGCCGGUGCUGGACUCCUCCGUGCUGACUCACAUUACAGCCGACAUCUGCGGGAUGAAGUUGCCCUGGCUGUAUGUGGGGAUGUGCUUCUCUUCCUUCUGCUGGCAUAUUGAGGACCAUUGGAGCUACUCCAUAAACUAUCUUCACUGGGGCGAGCCUAAGACGUGGUAUGGGGCUCCCGCUUAUGCCGCCGAGCACCUUGAGUCGGUCAUGAAGAACCUGGCACCUGAGCUGUUUGAGUCACAGCAAGACCUCCUUCACCAGCUGGUCACCAUCAUGAAUCCCAACACGCUGAUGAACAACGGCGUCCCGAUCUAUCGCACCAACCAAUGUGCAGGGGAGUUCGUCAUCACUUUCCCCAGAGCUUACCACAGUGGAUUCAACCAGGGCUUCAACUUUGCUGAAGCUGUUAACUUUUGCACCAUGGACUGGAUGCCCAUCGGCCGUAAAUGCGUGGCACACUAUCGGGAGCUGAGCAGAUACUGUGUCUUUUCACACGAUGAGAUGGUUUGUAACAUGGCUGAUAAAGCAGACACAAUGGAUGUCGACCUGGCCUCGGCGGUGCAGAAAGAGAUGACCGACAUGGUCCAAGAAGAAGAACAACUGAGAGAGAAGAUCAAUAAGUUGGGUAUUGUGCAAUCUCGACAAGUUGAUUAUGAAGUGCUCCCCGAUGAGGAGCGGCAGUGCUGCAAGUGUCGAACCACCUGCUACCUGUCUGGCAUAACCUGUGCCUGCAGUCCUGGCAAGAUGGUGUGUCUGUAUCACACCGGGGACCUCUGCUCCUGUCCCCAUAGCAACCUUACACUCCAUUACAAGUUUACUCUGGAAGAGUUGUAUCCAAUGAUGGAAUCAGUGAAGCUGCGUGCAGAGUCCUAUAAAGAAUGGCUCUGUAGUGUGCAGGACAUCCUGGAGAACAAAGGAGACAAGAAAAGAAGUUUGGAAGAGCUCCACAGCCUGGUGGAGCAGUCAGAAACAAAGGCGUUUCCACAAAUCAGCCUUUUAGAUCAGCUACGCACAGUCGCCUCAGAGGCGGAUAAAGUUGCUACGAUGGCCCAACAGCUUCUCAAUGGAAAGAGGCAGACGAGGUAUCGUUCUGGAGGAGGAAAGUCUCAAAACCAGAACGAGUUGGCUGUUGAAGAGCUGAGGUCUUUUGUUCGACAGUUUGACAACUUGCCGUGCAACAUCCGACAGGCUCCUUUACUAAAGGACUUGCUGACCCGGGUGGAUCACUUCCAGGAGCGCAACGAGCGUCUUCUCUCUGACGAGUCACCCAGCCCGCUGGAGCUGCAGGACCUGCUGGACGAGAGCCUGGGCCUGGACGUGGAGCUGCCCCAGCUGCCCCUGCUGAGGGAGCGACUGGAGCAGGCCCGCUGGCUGGAGGCCGUACAGCAAGCGAGCAGCCGACCAGAAAGCCUCUGCCUGGACACCAUGAGGAGGCUGAUAGACCAGGGCGUGGGUUUGGUCCCUCACAGCUCGGUGGAGAGAGCCAUGGCUCGUCUGCAGGAGCUGCUUACCGUUUCAGAGCAGUGGGAGGAACGGGUGCUGGGCCUUAUGGAAGCCAGGCCAAAUCACAACCUAGAAACACUUGAUGCUGCUCUACAAGAAGUAGAAAACAUCCCUGCCUAUCUGCCCAACUGUCUCCAGCUGAAGGAUGUCUUCACCAAGGCCAAGAAAUGGCUCCAUGACGCCGAAGCACUUCAGCUCGGGGGACGUAUUCCUGUGCUGGACAGCCUGUCUGAGCUGCUGCUCAGAGCAGAGGGCAUUCCAGUGAUGCUCGAACCGCUGAGUCGGCUGGAGGUCCUUGUCAGUGAUGUUCAGACCUGGAAGGAGAGCGCCGCAAAGACAUUCCUACUGAAAAACUCGCCUUUCUCUCUCCUUGAGGUGCUUUGUCCGAGGUGUGAUGUAGGUACCGGGCAUACGAGGUUGAAAUCCAAAAAAGGAAAAGAAGCUUCACAGAUCAAUAAAAAAUCUGCAACAAAAGUAGAGUCGCUGUGUGAUGUGGAUAGAGCUCUUUCUGAGAGCAAGGACUCUGCCUCUGCUAUGGCAACUCUCGCUGAUGUCCGGCAGAGGGAGAUGGAUCUCCUGUUGACUCUGCGUGCUUCAAACGAGUCCAGGCUGGUUCCUGCAGAAAACUGUUGUGCACUCAGCGUCUGCAUCUGCCAAAAGGCUCCUUCGGGGGCCAUGAUGCAGUGCGAGCUCUGCCGAGAAGUCUUCCACUGCGAUUGCGUCACAACAACAGCAGACCUGGAGUACGGCCAAGCCUGGCUAUGCCCUCUUUGCCAGCGGUCGAGAAAACCCCCCCUGGACAAGGUCCUGCCUCUGUUGGCUUCACUGCAGAGGAUUCGAGUCCGGCUGCCAGAAGGGGACGCACUGCGCUUCCUCAUCGAGAGGACUGUGCGAUGGCAGCACAGAGUUCAGCAGGCCUGCACGGAGGGAAUGCUGAAGAAAGUGUCGAAGAUGGGAAAGGUUGGACCUGGAAUAUCUUCACAUCUGACUCAGGAAAUCAACUGUUCAUCUUUCCAUACAGAGCAUCAGUCUGUUCCACUCCAGGGUCUCGCCCCUGACCUGGAGGAGCUUUUGGUGGAGGGAUUCCUACUGCAGGUCACUCUGCCUGAAACUGAGCAGCUGUACAAAUACCUGCUGUACAAGCUGGCCCCGCGACUCUCACACAGCGCCCCGUGUGAGAGCAACACAGAACAGGACCAACAGCCACAGAGAGGAAGCCCGCACCACAACAAGAAUGGAGUUUCCGGUCUCAAGAAAGAGGCGUUGAACGGUCAGAGCAAAAGGAUCAAGCGGCGUAAGGAAAGCUCUGACUCGCAGCACAGCGAGAAGGCCAAGAAAUACCGCAAAAAAAAAUCAAGCAAGAGCAAAGAGAAGAGCGAAGACACAGAGCGGACGUGUUCUCCCACACACGCACUGUCUGACCCCACUGCUUCAGAUUCCGAGGAGGACUACUCUCUGUGUGCUGCACCAUGGUGCAGGGAGCCAGAGGGCGACGAGGUGAACUGGGUCCAAUGUGAUGGCAGCUGCAAUCAGUGGUUCCACCAGAUCUGUGUCGGACUUUCUGCUGACCGAGCAGAGAAGGAGGACUAUAUUUGCAUAAGCUGCACACAGCCAGACUAUGACCGAGGCGAAUGAAGACCAAAGAAGUGACUUUGAAGGAUCCAUGGUUUUUGUUUUGUGAACCCCAGCACUUAAGUGCACACCUGAACUCUGUGUGCUCCUGUGGCUUCUCCCCCUUUACUUUCUGGCUUGCCCGUAGUGAAAAUGGUGCUAUUCACUGUUUUAUUUUUUUCCCAGAGUUACAAAAGACUUUCGUCACUGUUUUCGUCUCGUGGCUGGUUUUUCAGCCAAGCAACUAAUCCUUUCUGAAACUUUCCAAGACUUGAUGCAGAUGUACAAAAUUACAAAAUGUUUCAACAGCGCAGGGAUUUUUCAACCAAAAAAGUCAAUUUGACACCACAUUUUAGAACUUUUUUUUUUUAACAUCUGAACAAUGUGAAACUUAUCUUUUUCUUGUAGAAUAAAUAUUAUUUAUCUAAGCAAUAACUGAACUUAUUAAUUGAGGUUCAGUUUACACCUGAGCUAUAUUGUGCAUAUAAAUUCUUUGAUAGGGUUUUUGCUUCAAGAAGGCAUUCUAACGAAUUCAUAUUUGAAUCCUAUGAUAUUGCAGUUCUAUAAAAAUUUGUGAACAGAAUUUGAAUCAGAAACAAGAGUUAGGAAUUUAUGUCUGAGCUAUUUGAUCCUACAUGUGCAACAGUUUUCACCCGUAUCCCUUAACAAAUCACUGACUUUGAUAUAAAAGUCUGGUUACUUUUACCUAUUUUUUUUCCUGCUGUUUGUAAAGGAAAACGAUGAACUGUCCAAAAUCAAAGGAAUGUACAUUUUGUUUUAGGAUGGAUUCUUUCCCUUUUUAUGGUUUAGAAAAUAUUGUGUUGGACUUAGAUUUAACACACUUUGCGUGAAUUACCUUUUUCUGCUCCUUUGGGUAAAUAAUAUAAUUCAUAUGUUGCAGUUUGCAUUAUAAAAUAAAAGUUUGUUCCCAUAUCCUUGAA